CAAACGGCGGCCAUUUUGGUCCGUCCCACUCUUCAAUAGAUGUGGCUGCAGAUUGUGUAACGGUGAAGUCUGUUUCCGGGUUCGCUGAAGCAGGGAAAGGGAUGAGUCCGGAAUACAUUUCUAUUAGGGAACACUGGCACUUACACUCUUUACUGGAUUGAGGAAAAGGAAGCUGAUCCAGCAUGCCUACAGUAUCCACAUUGCCCAAAGAGCUCUACCUUUCCACCUCACUGACUGACCUCAAGAAGAAGGCAGAGGUUAAACCUGAAAAAACCAGCACAAAGAGCUAUGUUACAAGUGCAAUUAAGAUCUUCCAAAAGGCAGAAGAAAGCAGACUAGAUGGAGAUGAAGAAAAAGCAUAUGUUUUCUAUAUGAAAUUUUUGCAUGUAUUUGAACUCCUUAAGAAGAGGACAGAUUUCAAGCAAAACCAGGACUACUUUAAGUCUUUACUUGGGCCUACUAAUAUAGUAAAAUCAGUCGAGCAAGCUGAGAAACUCUCUGAAAGUCUUAAAAAUAGGUAUGAGGAAGCAGAAGUACGAAAAAGACUUGAAGAAAGAGAGAGGAUAGAAGAGCAGAAGCGAGAGGAAAGUCUGCUUCCUAAGGAGCCGUCAGCAGAUGUCCAUAAUAAGCAUGAGAAAAAUCAGUCGGGGAAUAGGGAAAUGAAAGAGCCUGUUGUAAAGAAAGCAGCAUCUUCUAAUGUGCCACAAGGAGCAAUUUCGCCUGAAAAACUUUAUGGAAUGAUGAGUGAUCAAAAUAUUAACAUUAUUAUCAUGGAUGCUCGGAGUGAGAAGGAUUUUAAAGAGUCUCACAUUAAAGGUUCCAUAAGUGUGCCAGAGGAGGCUAUAUGUCCUGGGUACACCGCACAAAAGAUUGAAGGUAAUCUUCCUGAGGCAUCAAAAGAAGAUUGGAAUAGAAGAGGUCAUACAGAUUACAUUAUAUUACUAGACUGGUUUAGUUCUGUGAAUGACUUAAAGCUGGGAACUACUCUUCAAAGUCUAAAAGAUGCACUUUUUAAGUGGGAAACCAAGACAAUCCUGCAAAGUGAGCCUUUUGUGUUGGAUGGUGGUUAUGAAAACUGGCUACUUUGUUAUCCUAUGUACACAACAAAUGGCAAAGUAUAUGUGCCCAAGAGAAGUAAAACCGAAACAUUUCCUUUGUUGUUGAAUUUCAGUUACCCAACUCUGGAUGAACCCCAAGCCCCUCCCUCUUCCUUGCCAGAAGAACCUCCUACUGUACCUUCUCCUACUGUACCUCCUCCUACUGCACAAGUGAAAGAAAAUAAUGAGAGAGCAGCAGUAAAAAAAGUAACCGUAGAGCAACCAGUGGAACCCAUUGUGACACCGAACACCGAGCCUGUUCCUGAAACACAGCGUCCUGACCUUGUGAAAACUAUUCCCACUAUUGAUCGCACAAAGAAACCUUUUCUGAAAGUAAACGACAGUCCUACAAAGAUCAAGAAUGACGCCAAAGAAAACCAACCAGUACAAAAUGGAGUCAUUAUCCCAGACCGUUCAACAAAGCCACCUCUAGAUUCUAAAUCCAUGAAAACAGACUCACACGUUGUAUUGGAAAAAAAUCUACCAGACAAACAAGACAAGGUGGUCAGAAAAAUUGAUGACUCUACUGAUCAAAUUGGAAGCAUUCAAGAUGAAAACAAAAUAAAAAAGAAAGCGAAUGACAAUGAGCAGGAGGCAGCAAGUCAUAAAGAACAACUAGAGAAGAAACGCCAAAAUGCUUCUGAAAAAGAUAAUACUGAAACAAAACGGUUAGAUGCUGACUAUAAACUAUCAGAUGAAAAGAAGAGAGAUCCAAGCACAUCAGAAAUUUCAAAGAAGGCAAGUGUGUUCCAGAUGCUGUCAGUAUUAUGGUAUGGCACUCCAUUUCUGUUUCAUCGUAUUUUCCAGUCUGAUACAUGUAAACGCAAGCAAGAAGAUGCUGAUGAAAUUGCUGAGGAAGAGAUUGCUGAAGAAGACAGACGUAGGAGGGAUCCUUUAGUAAGAGCUAGGAGUGAAGAGAUGGGGAGAACCGUUCCAGGAAUGCCAGCUGGUUGGGUCAAGUUUCUUGAUGCUGUAACUGGCACAUAUCGCUAUUAUCAUUCCCCAACCAACUCGGUUCACAUGUAUCCACCUGAAAUGAGCUCUUCUUCCCUUCCGUCAACCACCACUUCAACUGCUCCAGUUCAGAAAGUCAAACCUCAAGCUCACGCUGAGCCAGAGCCAAGCAAGUUAAAGCGCUCUUACUCCUCACCAGAUUUAACGCAGGCUAUUAAGGAAGAGGAAAAGAAGAAACCAGUGCCAGUUAUAAACCGGGAAAAUAAACCAAUAACUCACACGAAGACUGAAAUUACAAAACUUUCUGCAUCUAAGCUGCGCAGUAUGAAUCCGGCAUUUGGCGGGAUGGGCCCAGCGCUCACUGGACUUAGAAACCUAGGGAAUACGUGCUACAUGAAUUCAAUCUUACAGUGUCUCUGUAACACCCCUCGCUUAGCGGAAUACUUUCAUAAGAGCUGCUAUGAAGAAGACAUAAACAGGUGCAAUCUGUUGGGUUAUAAAGGUGAAGUAGCUGAUGAAUUUGGCUGUAUAAUGAAGGCUUUGUGGAAUGGUCAAUAUAAAUGUAUAAGCCCAAGAGACUUUAAAGUGACAAUUGGAAAAAUAAAUGAUCAGUUUGCUGGAUAUAGCCAACAGGAUUCUCAGGAGCUGCUGCUGUUUUUAAUGGAUGGGCUACAUGAAGACCUGAAUAAGGCAGACAAUAGAAAACGAUACAAGGAAGAGAACAACGAUCAUUUAAAUGACUCUCAGUCGGCAGACUCAGCCUGGUUGAAGCACAAGCUCCUUAAUGAAUCAAUCAUAGUGGCACUUUUUCAAGGCCAGUUUAAAUCAACGGUACAGUGUCUAACAUGUCACAAGAAGUCGAGGACAUUUGAGGCUUUCAUGUAUUUAUCUCUGCCUCUUCCAUCUACAAGCAAGUGCUCUCUCCAGGAUUGCCUUAAAUCAUUUUCCAAAGAAGAGAAACUCACAGAUAAUAAUAGAUUUUACUGUAGUAAUUGUAAAACUCGGAGAGAUUCCAUGAAAAAAAUAGAAAUUUGGAAACUCCCUCCUGUCCUUCUGGUGCACUUAAAACGAUUUUCUUAUGAAGGACGAUGGAAACAGAAGCUCCAAACAUUUGUAGAUUUCCCUCUGGAAUGCCUUGAUCUUUCUCAAUAUGUUAUUGGUCCAAAGACUUAUAAGAAAUUUAAUCUGUAUGGCGUCUCAAAUCAUUAUGGAGGAUUGGACGGUGGUCACUAUACAGCUUACUGUAGGAAUGGCUUAAAACAGCGAUGGUUUAAAUUUGAUGACCAUGAAGUAUCUGAGAUAUCCAUAUCGUCUGUGAAAUCUUCAGCAGCGUAUAUUCUUUUCUACACCUCCUUGGACUUUCGAGCCACUGAGUUUUCUACUUAAGAAAAAUGUUCUAUUGGGAGACAAAACGUUGCAUAUAUGCAAGCUUAUCGUAAUAACUUAGCCACGUAAAAGAAAAUAAUGUAACCAAUACUGUUCUUACUACUGACAUUCAUAGAUAAAAAAGUGGUAUCUGCAGCUAAAUCUGACUUAUGUGCAGUACACUAUUGAAAUUAGAGCCAUGACCUCUUAAAUCUUUUUAACACGUAGAUAUAUUUGCCUUGAAAAUGUUCUAUUAAGCCCUUAAUGUUUCAUUUCUUCCUUAGUGGCCUUUUAUUCCAUUUACCGUAAGCUUCUUUACUGUGAAAAAGAAUUGGUUAAAGCAGGUAUGGAAUGUAUUAGAAAAUGAUUGCAUAAUUGCACAUCACUGCUCUGUAUAUAACUAUUUUUUUUUUUUGCAAGCUAUUCUAUUUAUACAGGAGAUAUUUUUUGGUUUUGAUUUCAUUCAUUGGUAAUCGCUUGUUGUAGCUGAAAUGUCACUCCGUGAACAGUUUAACAUGUCAUGUUUUAGCUGCUGUAGGCUAGUCCUCUUACACUGCCUCUGUAGCUUCAGCUUGCCUGUCUAUAUCCAGCUACAUAGAACUAUUUAUAUAAAUAAUACAAUGUUUUUUUGUUUAAAUAUUAAGUUUACUAUCCUUAGAGUGACGAUUCCAAAUAAACUACAGGUAUUAAACGUGGCUCUGUCAUCAGAAAUUUUAUUUGCAAUAUUUUACAGCACUUUAAAAACUUACUGUAUCUUGUACCUUUUCAUGUCUGUUCCAGCAAUAUUUUAGUAGAAAUUAUGAGGCUUAAUAUGAGCACCUUUGACAUUCUGCAUAAUUAGGAAGUUGACGUUGACGUUCCGUCUUCGUUGCACAUUAGAAUAACCAGACACAACCUGCUCCACUGUAAAUACUGGCUGUUUGUUUUUUGUUUGUUUCCCGCUCUCUAAAAAAAAUUGUGCUGAAAUUCCAACUGUGUUAUGUACCAUUGUGUUAACAGUUGCUAUAUUUUGUCAAAGAUAACAUAUUUUUUUCUUCUUCUUAAUGAGUAAAGAAAAUUUCAGAUGACAUGGCCACUUUUAUAUAAAAAAAAACUUUUAUAAACAAUAUAAAGCUGUGCAGUAUUUUUUUUUCCUCUUAAACUUGUGUACACACACACACACUAUAUAUCUAUAUAUGAACUUAAUUUCGCUCAAGUAAACUGUAUCAAACAUGG